AUGAAUCGUAGGUAUCGUGGAUUAGCGCUAAUAUUUAAUCACGAAAAUUUUGAUAACGGAUACCCUUCAAAGCGUCGUGGAACAAAGCAAGAUAGAGAUAGACUACAAACUAUUUUAAAAAACUUAGGAUUUAAAGUUGAAGUGAAAAAUGAGAUGACUUAUGAGGAGAUUUUUAAUAUUAUUCAAGCCGUAUCAAAAAUGAAUCAUUCUCACAAUGACUGCCUACUUAUUACUGUUUUAACUCACGGUGAACUUGGAAUGUUACACGCAAAAGACACGAUUUAUAAAUUAAGAAACCUCUGGGAACCAUUCACUGACAAGAAUUGUCCUACACUUGCUGGAAAGCCAAAGAUUUUUUUUAUUCAAGCCUGUCGCGGUGUUAAAUAUGAUAAUGGAAUCACUUUGAAAACUGAUGGAUCUUCUGCAUUGACUGAAAAUCCAACUCAUCCCGACUUUGUUUUUGCUUUUUCUACAGUACCUGGUUAUUACUCUUGGAGGAAUAGCAGUAACGGUUCCUGGUUUAUUCAAGCUCUAUGUGACAUACUGGUUGAUUGUGCGAUUGAUACCGAUAUCUUGAAAAUGCUCACGUAUGUUUUACAUAAAGUUGCUUUAGACUUUGAAUCUUAUACACCUAACGACUUGGAAAGUCACAAAAAAAAGGAGAUGCCUAGUAUUCAUAGCACACUUACUCGACUCUUAAUUUUUAACAAUAUGAAAAAGAGGAACGACUGCUGUAAUCAGUCGUGA